AUGGUGUCCAACCAAGACAUGAACAAGCACCGUGAGCCAGGUUGCACUGGAAUCACUCCAGAUAAAAAAUACUACGAGGUGGGAAAUUCGUUCAUCAAGCGAACCCUUCGGCGGCACGAGUGGAUGACAACGGCCGCCAACUGGACGCCAUCCGCCUCCCUGCCUCAGCGAUGGAAGACGGACGCCGCGAUCCUCCUAUACCUCCGGGAGAAGACAAAUAUCCCGCUCCCGCGGCUUCAGCACACCUUUGAGGACGACGGGGCCUUCUACUUCAGUACCGAACUCGUGCCGGGGGUCAACAUGUCCCAGCUCUCCGAGGAGCAGAAGGAGCUCGUCAGCAAGGAGCUGCUCGAGCACAUGGCUACGCUCAAGUCGCUCCGAUCCGACACGCCCGGGGUGCCAGGCCAGACGCUGCUAUGUGCUCCCAAUCGGAUCCACAGCCGGUUCUGGAAGCAGCACAGUUGCUGGCAGCCGAAGCCCGGUAUGGACAAGGGGAGCUACGUUUUCUGUCACAACGAUCUGGGCCAGCACAACGUCAUUGUCGACCCCGAAACGCUCAAGAUCAAUGCCAUCAUUGACUGGGAGUAUGGCGGCUUCUGGCCCGAGUGGUUUGAGCAGCCGUAUUGGAAGCGAAAAGGACCCAGCGCUCCGUGUGGGGAUGAGGAGGAUGACAAGGAGCGGUGUCGCGAGUGGCUCUUGGGUCACUGUGUUGAAGUAGAGAUGCAGCACAUGCCGUCGCUGAAGGAAAAACUGGGGGAGCAGUUGUAG